CUUUUAUUUAAUAAUAAACAAAUGGUUGUCAAAUCACUUGCUCAUAAGAGAAUUGUGCAUAAGAGAACAAAGAGAUUUGUUAGAUUUGAAUCAGAGGACUACCCUCAUAAAUUAAGACCAAGUUGGAGAAGACCAAGAGGUAUUGAUAAUAGAGUCAGAAGAAGAUUUAGAGGAAAUAGACCUAUGCCUAAAGCAGGUUAUAGAGGUGAUAAGAAGACAAGGUAUUAAACAAUAUGCUUAUUAUAGAUAUUUGGAUUAAACAGGUUUUAGAAAAUUGCUCAUCACCAAUGAAAAAGAUCUUGAACUAUUACUAACAAAUAAUAGAACAUUUGCAGGUGAAUUAGCUCACAACCUUUCUGCCAGAAAAAGAGCAACUCUUGUUAGAAGAGCAGCUGAACUUAAUGUUAGAUUAACAAAUGGAAAAGGUAAAAUUAGAGCAGAAGAAAAAAAAGAAUGAUCAAUUUAAUUGGUUAAACAACUAAAUCCAUCUAUAUAUCUGCA